AUGAAGCUUUCACUCAAACUUCAAGACAAUCACCACCACGAGCGCCACCACCAGCCUCCGCCGCCGCCGCCGCCGCUCCUAAUCCGUGCCAAAAUACCCAUAACAAUAUUCAACCUCCCAUUCCUUUCCCACUUCUCCACCACCACCACUCAACCCUCCGACCUCUCCCUCUCUCUCUCCACCAACUUCCCCUCUUUCCCCUCUCUCAAACUCUCCUACGCCAGCGCCAGCGCCGCCGCCGCCCCACCCCUCACUCUCACCCUAAAAUCCGGCACGGGCCUCUUCGGCUCUCCCAACAACUCUCCUCUCGUCAUCUCCGCUCACUUCUCCUUCGACCCCUCCAACCCCGCCCACCCUAACCCUACUUUCUCUCUCCUCCUCAAACCCCAGCUCGGAUCUUUCUCUCUCCGGAAAUCCACCUUCUCUCACCCGGAGCCCGCCGUCAGCGCCGAAUCAAUCAUUCCGGAUGCCGUAUGCGAUUCCAACUCCUUCGGAUUUGUGCCGUUGGAGACGCCCGCCGCAGUGAAGGAGCUUCCGCCGCAGAAGAAAUCUAGGGCUUCGAUUUUUAAGGGGACGCAGCUGGCGGCGACGACGCAGAUGCCCGUGGCCAAGGGGGUGGCACUGAACUUGAGAUGGCGGGUGAAUUUCGCGGAGGAUCAGAUGCCGAUUUUGAGGAUUAACAAAAUUGGGAUUCACAGGGUUGAUGAUGCGGUGAAGGGUGAUGAGAAGAGUGAGAAGAAUGAGGCGAAAUUGGGGGAAAUGGAGGUGAUGAAGAGCAUGUGUUUUUGGAUGAAGAGGGAGGUGGAUGCUCUAACAAGAGCUAACAGAGAGAUGAAGAUUGAGUUUGACGAAUUGAGACGGCGGAGCAGCGGCGGCGCUGGCGGUGGAAAUGUCAAUGAGGGUGCUAGGAGCGGCGGCGGCGGUUUUGGUGGUGGGAAUGUUAAGGAGGGGGGCAUUAGGAAGAAGAAGGCGGUGGCGGCGGCUCCGAUGAAGCAGUGGAAAGGAGAAGAGAAUGGGAAAAGGGAAGAAAAGAAGAAUGGUAAUGUUGCGAUUGAUGUGGAGAGUGAGUUGCAGAGAGCGAUAAUGGCUGCUGCUGCUUCUCCUUCUACAUAA